CACUCUCUAUCAGAACCCCGCUCGGUCUCUCUCAUCACUUUCUCAUUUCUAGAACCUUACCACCGACCCCACCCUCACCCUCAUUCUCUUCAUUCUGAAACCCAAAGCAGCGUCUUUCUGUUUCCAUCCUUAGAUGGUGAAGGUGAAGCGGCUUGUCUCUCUUCGCCGUCUCUCCCCCAGAACCCACCAUCUCUUUCCCAAAACCCGCCAUUUCUUUCCGAAGAUCGCAGAUCAAAUUGCGUCACAAACCCCUUCUCUCUGUCUCUCUCUCCUCGUCACAAACCCCUCUUCGCAUAUCCCAAACAAGCUGAAAAUGAAGAUGGAAACCAAGAACGCCGAUCAUCCUCCCCCAUUUCGCAGAUCGCAGAUCACAAAGAUCCAGGGUUUGGUUGUUUCACCCAAUUGCUGUUUAAAAAUAACAAUAAUGCUAGAGGGUCACAAUUUUUGUGGUCACAAUGGUUUAAAGCUGUUAAAAUAACGUCGUUUUGGCAUGUUUUACACCCAAAACGAUAUCAUGUUUUACACCCAAAACGAUAUCGUUUUGACAGUUUUGAGUCAUUGUAACCACAAAAAUUGUGGCCCUCAAACAUUUUCCUACAAAUAAAUAAUUUAUGUUAUAAAGAAUUUCUGUUUUUCAAAAAAAGAAGUUGGUGAAUUUAGUUUUACAAAAAGAAUAAUGUUUGGGACCCCUUUUGGGGGUCACCCCCUCACCCCCUUUGCCACGUGGCAGGGGUGAUUGGAGGAGUAUGAAAAAAAAAAAAAAAAG